CGGGCGUGGGCGUGCAGGGGCGGAGACAAAGCCUAAACCGCUCGCCUUGCCCACCUAGACGGUAGGGGUCUCCGUCUGGUGCCAGUCACCUGCCUCUCCAGGCUGCACCGGGGACUGGCGGAGCCUGACGCCCGGAGCCUAGAGGGGACCGGGGAGUGUGUCCUCCGCCGGGGCUGCCGCCUGCAAGGAGGGGGCAGGGAAGCCGGGAGCCCCGCGCGCCACUUGCCCGGCAGCUGCAGCCUCACGCGGGACUGGCUGGCGGUUCCCUCGCGGCUCCGCGCGGAGGUCCGCCUCCUCCCUCCUCCCCCUUCCCGCGCGCUGCCUCCGCCUCCUUCCCCUGCCUCCACCCUCAACCCCCAUCCCGGAGUGACGGGCGCUAGGCUCGGAGCCCUCAGUGUGCCCGAGCCCUGGAUGUGGGCGCCGGACGAGUGCCAGGCGCCCCCGCCCAAGAUGGACAGCCGCUACACCAGCACCGCGGGCAUCGGGGACUUGAACCAGCUGAGCGCGGCCAUCCCGGCCACGCGGGUGGAGGUGUCCGUGUCCUGCAGAAAUCUUCUUGACAGAGACACAUUUUCUAAAUCUGAUCCAAUUUGUGUCUUAUAUGUACAAGGAGUUGGAAAUAAAGAAUGGAGAGAGUUUGGAAGAACCGAAGUAAUUGAUAAUACUUUAAAUCCUGAUUUUGUAAGGAAAUUUAUUCUGGACUACUUUUUUGAAGAAAGAGAGAAUCUUCGUUUUGACUUGUAUGAUGUUGAUUCAAAGAGCCCCAACUUGUCCAAACAUGACUUUCUGGGACAAGUGUUUUGUACGUUGGGGGAGAUUGUUGGUUCACAGGGAAGUCGCCUGGAAAAACCAAUAGUAGGAAUUCCAGGGAAGAAGUGUGGUACAAUCAUACUUACAGCAGAGGAAUUAAACUGUUGCAGGGUCAUGAAAAUAACUGAAAACUUUUUUUCUUACAGUUUUACAAUUUGUCAUAAAACAGAAGUUGUCAAAAACACUCUAAAUCCUGUAUGGCAAGCAUUCAAGAUCUCAGUCAGAGCAUUAUGUAAUGGAGAUUAUGACAGAACAAUCAAAGUAGAAGUAUAUGACUGGGAUCGAGAUGGAAGUCAUGAUUUUAUUGGAGAAUUUACAACAAGCUAUAGGGAGCUGUCUAGAGGGCAGUCACAGUUCAAUGUAUAUGAGGUGGUGAAUCCCAAAAAGAAAGGAAAAAAGGAAAAAUAUACUAAUUCUGGAACAGUAACUUUACUGUCUUUUUUGGUAGAAACAGAAGUUUCAUUCCUUGACUACAUUAAAGGAGGGUAAAACACAAUCAACUUCACAGUGGCUAUUGAUUUUACAGCAUCAAACGGCAACCCUGCUCAGCCCACUUCUCUCCACUACAUGAAUCCUUACCAACUGAACGCCUAUGGGAUGGCACUGAAAGCAGUGGGGGAAAUCGUUCAAGAUUAUGACAGCGAUAAGAUGUUCCCAGCUCUAGGUUUUGGUGCAAAACUGCCUCCAGAUGGAAGGAUAUCUCAUGAAUUUGCUUUGAAUGGGAACCCUCAAAACCCCUACUGUGAUGGCAUUGAGGGGGUCAUGGAAGCUUACUAUAGGAGUCUGAAAUCUGUACAACUGUAUGGGCCAACCAACUUUGCUCCUGUAAUUAAUCAUGUAGCAAGGUAUGCUGCUUCUGUAAAGGAUGGCUCCCAGUAUUUUGUGCUCCUGAUUGUUACAGAUGGCGUUAUCUCAGAUAUGGCUCAAACUAAGGAAUCCAUAGUUAAUGUAAGUAGUGGUCACUCAGUAUUGGGCUGGUUAAGUGACAGCAUGGUGAUACUCAGAGUGAGCCCAGUUUCUUUUCAAGCAAUGAUCGAAUUGGAUGGAGACGAUGUAAGAGUCUCCUCCAGAGGAAAAUAUGCUGAAAGGGACAUUGUGCAGUUUGUGCCAUUCAGGGAUUAUAUUGACAGAAGCGGAAACCACAUAUUGAGCAUGGCUAGAUUGGCUAAAGAUGUCCUGGCUGAGAUCCCGGAGCAGUUUCUCUCCUAUAUGAGGGCCCGAGGAAUCAAGCCAUCACCUGCGCCUCCCCCAUACACUCCACCUACACACGUGUUACAGACUCAAAUAUGACUGUGCUCCCAAAUGCUAAGGUUAGCUACACAUCAGUUAGAACUGCUGAGUUAAUGCCUUGUGCCUGGUGCUCUGCAAUGAACCAGGGAAUAAGACACUUUUCUCAGUUUGGUUUCAGCAGUACUGGUUAAUGUGCUUUCUUGGAUCCAAAAUUAACUCUCUUCCUAAACCAAAACUGUAAAUACGGUUGUUGCAUGAGCAACAGAAAAAUUGUUUAAAUGCUUGAAGAAAAGUAUGGAUGUCUUCUGAAUCUUUAAAUUUUUCUUUUGACAGAAACAGCUAAUUUCCAAUGUAUUGUUGGGAAAAAGCACAAGCUAUGUUUUUAACUCAAAUAUUGUCUUUUGACUGCUCUGUGUAUAGGAAAGCAGUCUCUCUGUAUCAAUGUUUACAUGUUACUACUUUUUAAAUUUCAAUACUUUUAUAACUGUUCUUAAGAAUAAGAGUUUUGCAUAUUGAAUCCUUUGUCUUCUAAAUUGCAAUAGCUAUAAUCACAAGAGCAAUAUCUCUUUGAAUGACUGUCUAGACAAAUAACAAUUGCAAAUAAGGGGAGGGAAAAAUGCUUUCAUAUUUCUCAGUAACUGGAUUGUCGUAAGAGGCCACAUCUGCUUAGUAAUCAGUUUCUCUGCAGUGUUUGCCGAGUCUGGGAGUUUAAGCUUGGCAGAUGUGUAUCCUGUAAGAACAUGCAUUUUUCAUAGAGUUUGGGUUCUAAAUUUAGACUGCAGCCAGUUUGUGUUUUGUAAAGCUAAGUGAAAAUUUUAAAAAGUCAAACAUAGUGAACUCUAAAUGCACAGAAAAUACUUUGUGUAAAAAGUAGCAUCCUUAUAUUAUAAUGUUAUUUAGAAAGACUGAAACCAAGAAUAUUUAACUGUGAACCAUGUAGCCGAUGUUUUAAACUUUUUACUCCAUUCUAUCUUGUCUGGAUAUUUUAAUUCAAAGGGAUACUGGCUCUCUUGAUUGGGAUUCCAUGUUAUCACUGUUCCACGUUGCCAUGCAGGGUGCACAGGCUGGAAGUCUUUUUGUGAAAUUCCCAGUUAAAUAUAUACGAUCAUGUGACUUAGUGCACAGCACAUUUGUGAAAUAACCUACUCCUAUAUACUGACCUGCCUGUUCACAAUUAAUUGUAAAGAGUUUUUGCAUGUACAGUUUUUACAAGAAUACAGUUUUGUGAAGUUGUGUCUAAAUUAAAGCAUUUCUUUAGAACAAAUGGCCUUAAAUUCUCACAGAAUUCCUGGAAAUGAUUGUGAAUUGCCUUCAAAUAAUAGAAAAGUGUAUUUAUUUGUGUGUGUGUGUGUGUAUGUCAACAAUGUAACUGCUUUAUAAUAUUUUUUCCUUACCAAUACCCUAUUUACUACUUGGUUUAUUUCUACUGUAUGUUGUUCUCUUUGUCCCAAGUUGACCUAGGGUGACUUUUAUAAGCAUGAAACUAUUUUACUGGAAAGAAAAAUAUAUACGUCCACAUAUCUAACAGUAUCAGUGUUACAAAACUAUGUAAUACUAAAUUGUCCAUUUUUAAGUAUAUAUUAAAAUAUUUAAAAAGAUAACUAUUCGCUUUGUACAUUUCAUGUAUGAAUGACUGAUCUUUCCUAUGCUGAACUUACAUAUUUAUGUCAGUAUAGUUUAUUUACCUACAGCUUUUUAAAAUUUAUCUCUAUUCAUCUGCCCGAAAAACAAAAAUAAAUAAGAUCAUAUUCUUUCCUGCUUGUCAAA